AUGUCACGGAGAUGCUCAGGGUCGGCCGGUUCCGGAUGCCGAUCAGGCUUGUGCAACGCGUCAUUGAUUGUCACGCAUAACGCGAUGGUCACCUCUCUGCCAACAACCACCACGUCUCCUACCAGUGGCCUUCUAGCUCACUUCACGUCCUAUUUCGUCCCGUCUUCCCAUGGAACUAUUGCCGAACCCGACCACGGUCGACAAUGGCCUUCAGUUCUGUUGUUAGCUCUCCCUACAGUAAAGGAAGCCGACGUCAAUUUCUCAUGCGCGCAACGAUUGACCCUCAAAUCCCUUCAUCGUGUCGCCCUUACUCAACACCGCACCCAUAGCGGCUGGUUCUCUGGGCGAAAACUAGGUUUGAAAGUCUUCAUCACCAUAAUGCGUGAUGGUGACUUUCACCAGCGAUACAUUGAAAUGUUCUUGGAGGAGUAUACGCAGAGGCAGGAGACGAAAAAGACGGCACGCUUGCCCUCUAGUAUCCUCAAUCUCGAAAUCUGUUCGUCUCUCUGCCACUCAGGUAAUUGUCUCCAUCCGGUCAUACUGAGAGUGCGAUACUUCUGGACAACUACCGACCCUGCGAUUGAAUGGUAA